GGACGCGACGGGACGCGACGGGACGCGACGGAACGCGACGGAACGCGACUGGACGCGACGAAACGCGACGGGACGUUAUCGCCGUAACGUGAAACAGCGUGCAUUGAAAAAUGAUUUGACAGCGUAGCGUGAAUAGAAGGUUAUUCUCGUUGGUAACUACCGUUCUUGCUUGGUAAUUCCAAAUGAAUUCUGCUAUGAGGCAUUAUCAGUUUCUUAACUUAAUUUUGGCCGGAUAUUUGUAUCUUCAACUGCGGAAGAAGAAACGAGUACGAACCGUUGGUGUGAGAGAGAUUUUUCGGAGAAGAACCCAGUUUGGUGAUGGACAUAACUUACUUGAAGAACUCCGUUUCCGUGAUCCACUCUUUUUUUUUAUUUACACAAGGAUGAAUGUCGAAAGAUUCGAGUAUCUCCUGAGCUUGGUUGGUCCACUGAUAAAGAAGCGAGAAAUGUACACUGCUCUUUCACCCACUCAGAGGCUUGCUAUGACAUUGAGGUUCUUGGCAGCAGGAGACAGUCAGUAUUCUCUGAGCUUUUCAUAUCGAUGUGGCCAGAGCACAGUCUCUCAGAUCCUGGCCGAAACAACUCGAGCACUUGUAAGUGUAUUAAAGAGUGUAUUUGUAAACCCCCCAGCAAAUGAAGCGGAGUGGCGUGAGGUGAGUGCCGGAUUUUGGGAAGAAUGGCAGUUUCCUCAUUGUGUGGGGGCCAUCGAUGGGAAGCACGUUCAAGUACAGGCCCCACAAGCUUCCCAAAGUGUUUAUUUUAAUUACAAGAAGACAUUUAGCAUGGUUCUAUUGGCAGUUUGUGAUGCACACUACAAUUUCAUCAUGCUGGAUGUAGGAGCAGAAGGCUCACAAAGUGAUGGCGGAGUUUUUCAAUCGUCUGAAAUGGGUCGGCGAUUGAAUGAUGGAUCCCUUAACUUGCCGAAUUCAAGUCACUUACCAGGAACUGAUGUUGACAUGCCCUACUUCCUUGUAGGAGAUGCAGCUUUCCCUUUGAAACCUUUCCUGAUGAAACCUUAUGGCGAGCGCAACAUACCCCAUGACAAGUCUGUGUAUAACUUUAGGUUGAGCAGAGCAAGGAGAGUAAUUGAAAAUGCUUUUGGCAUUUUAGCGGCUCGUUGGAGGAUUUUCCGUCACUCCAUUAUUGCUACAGAAGACAAUGUAGAAAGCAUAAUUGAAUGUGCUGUUUGCCUCCACAAUUUCAUCCGCAAGACAGGCGACAGGAAACUCAACCUACAAUAUUGCCCUCCUUCUUUUGUGGACCAGGAAUUGCCAACUGGCGAACUGGUAGAGGGAGAAUGGCGUGACAUUGUCGCUGGGGAGAAUGGAGCCAUCAUUGAUGGUCCACGGAUGGGAGUAAGAAAUGCUGCUCUUGGAAUUUUACAACAGAGAGAUACACUGAAAGAGUUUGUAAAUGGGCCUGGGGCUAUGCGCCAUCAAGACGAUAUUGCGAGGAUCCGGCAAGGAAUUAUCCCCCUUCAGUAGCUGUAGAUUUCGAUAAUUUGUCUAGUGUAAUUUAUUAUUAUUUUGCGUCAUCAUAUAUGUUGUUUCUCGCUUUUAUUGAUCAAAAGUUGUUCAGUUGCGUUCGCCGCAAGUGUAUAUAUUACUGUACUUUAUACUUUUUUUUUUACUGUACUUUUUUUUUAAUCAACCGGAUAUCUCAAAUUGGAGAGAAAUUCGAAAAGAUUCCGAAGAAAGGUACAAGGGAACAAAAAAUUCUCCAUUCCAUUUUUCAAUUCUCUUUUUGGUUUUGUUGGUAUUGGGUUCGCUAUCACGAUUACUGAAUGGACUCACAAUUAUUCGCUUUCGAUAUCGCGGAUACCUUUUAAUUAAUUCGACAUACAUAGAACGAUAAUGUCAUGAGAUCUAC